AGCCGCCACAUCCCCUCGCCCAGUCCCCUCGCCAAGUCCCUCCGUUGCUGCCAAGAUGAUGUGCGGGGCACCUUCUGCCACACAGCUGGCCACCGCCAAGACCCAGAACAUCUCCCAACAGGUGACGUCCCAGCUUGAAGGAAAAGAGAACAAGAAGUUCCCCGUGUUUAAGGCUGUGUCCUUCAGGAGCCAGGUGGUUGUGGGGAUGAACUACUUCAUCAAGGUGCAUGUUGGUGACGAGGAAUUUGUCCACUUGCGAGUAUUCCAAAGUCUCCCUCACAAAAACCAACCCUUGACCUUGCCUAACUACCAGACCAACAAAGCCAAGCACAAUGAGCUGUCCUAUUUCUGACCCUGACUUUAGACAGGGUCCUUCCACCAGA